CCAGUCUGCCGUUCCCGGUUUAUCUGAGAGCGACGUUGUGUUUCGCUCUGCGGCCUCUGUGUAUUCAACAGUGUUUGGUAUACCCCUGAAUUUUUUUACUUUUAAGUGAUAGUUAAUUUUACAGUCUUUUUAUAUUGCAUAUAUUUCAUUCAAAUUAAAACAUUUAAAAUAUAAGAACUAAGUCUGGAUUACCGAACUCGUGUGUCGCAAAUGUAGUUUGUUCAUUGAAAGAACAUCUUAUUUUUAAACAGUGCUCGUUUUUAUAACUUCUUCAGCGACGUACACGCUAUUGCCUCGAGUGUGAAAACCUAUUUAUGUUAGUUGGAGUCGGAUUAAAUACAUUUUUGACAAGAUGGAUUAUUGUUGUCGAGUUAAAUGCCCAACAGGCUGGGAACUUUGAGAUUAGUGACGCUUGCAUGCUGAACGUAAUCAAGGGGGAAAAUCAAACACAGACCAGAGAUGCAGAAAAACAUUAAAAUGGAGGAGAAUAGUGUAGAAAGCACUUCAGUUGGCGAUGGAAAAGAGCCUGAGAAAGACAUCUCACAAAUGCAAGAAAAGAGUCGUGUUGCUAGUGGUGGUCAUUCGAUUGUAAAUAAUCAAAAUAAUGAAAAUACUAAACGUGAAUCCGAUGACCACGUGGAUGAUUUUAAAUCAAAUCAAGAGGAUAAAUCUUAUAUAGAGAUGAAAACGGAUGAUCUCAAAGAAUUUGGAGAUGUUGCUCGACCGGAAGAGACGUUGAGAAACGUUCCAAUCAGGACCGACAACAGAAAAGUAAGUUCUGACAAACACGUGCGUUUUGCAGAGAAGGACAAGAAUGGUGUUGAAGUCAAGACUAGGUUUGUUGGGAGCAACUUCAGUUUGCAGUCAGCCGAGAGCGAGGAGACCAAAGUCGUUUGGGAGACGAUUUCCGACUCUCAGAGGGAAUCAGUUGACUGGUCAAAAAAUAGUUUUUCCGAAUCGACUGACUCGGUUUUCGAGGACAGAAGGUACGAUGGUGAAGGUGAUCCUUGGGAGAAAGUGACAGACCUUGACGAAGACGAAAAUUUAAAUUAUGUCUUGAAGGACAAAAGCACUUUCAAAAAGUAUUUGGAGGAUCGAAGUGUAUCUGAAAUCAUGUGGAAGGACGAGAAGAUGUCAGUGUCCGACUUUCUGUCGCACCUGUACGACGGCGAGGAGGGGGGUGGAGGGGCGGCGCCGGCGCCCAGCGCCACACACACGUGCGGCUCUCUGUUUGCCCAGUGCGGCGCGCACCGGCAGGGCAGCCUGGUGACAACGUUCAGCCACGGUCGGUACAAGGACACGUACAGACACGCGGACGACACGUACACGGGCCCUGUCAGCCUCACGGAGAUCCUCGCCGAGCGCCAGGCCUCAGAGCGGAUGUGUCGGCUGAGGGAGAUUGAUGACGAGUUAGACCGCCUGGAACACUCCCUCAUGGGCCACGGGGCCUCGACCAACAACAAGGAGAGGAACGGCCAUGGGCUGUGCAGCACCAACCCGUUCGUGGACUGCAACAAGGGGGUGGAGGCUCCCGCUUCGCUACGGCAGUGGGAGGAGAAGACGGCGGAGCUGGGGGAGGAGUUGACGACUCUCCGACGGGAGGUCAAGCGGAAGGAUCACGAAAUCCUGAGACUCCAGAGGGAAGUCCACAAAUUGAAGAGCGUACUACAACAAGCUGCCAGUUUCCGCCCAGACAGUGACUUGCUGUCGUCCCUGCAUGGCCACGGCCUCAGCCAGUCCUCAGGCACCGCCCACAAGAAGCAGGGGGUGUCCGCCGAGAGUUCCCAGCCCAGCCAAACCGCUACGGACAUCCAGAUACAACGAUACGACAAGGACUUCAGAUCAAAACAAAUGAUCAAAGAGGCGAUUAUGGACAAUGACUUCCUUAAGAAUCUGGACCUGAGUCAGGUACGGGAGCUCGUGGAAUCCAUGUAUCCCAAAGAGUUCACCAAGGGCAGCUACCUUAUCCGAGAGGGAGAAGUCGGUGCCCACUUGUACGUGUCUGCGGAGGGUGAGUUUGAGGUGAUAAAGGAGAACAAGGUCCUGGGCCGCAUGGGUCCUGGCAAGGCCUUCGGAGAACUGGCCAUCCUCUACAACUGUACCAGGACUGCUUCUAUCAGAGUUGUGAAGGACUCCAAGGUAUGGGUGCUGGACCGAAGGGUGUUUCAGAGGAUCAUGAUGAGAACCGGUCUGCAAAGGCUUGAGGAUAAUGUGAACUUCCUGCGCAGCGUUCCCCUCCUUCACAAUCUGUCUUCCGACGUCCUCGGCAAAAUAUCCGAUGUCUUGGAAGUGGAAUUCUACCCCACAGGACAUCACAUAGUGCGUCAAGGAGCAAGUGGUGACACAUUCUUUAUCCUCAGUCAAGGAAGUGUCAAGGUCACCCAGAGACAGCCAGGGUCCUCGGAAGACCAAGACUUGCGAGUGCUGCACCGAGGUGACUAUUUCGGCGAGCAGGCCUUGUUGAAGGAGGAUUGCAGAACUGCGACUGUCAUCGCUCUAGCGCCUGGUGUCGAGUGUCUAACGCUAGACAGAGAAUCAUUUAUUCAGCUUAUCGGGGACCUAAGUGAACUCCAUGAAAAGGAAUACAGCGAUUUAUCAAGAACAGAACGACCGCCUAGCAGAAGCAACAGUGUGCCUUCAGAGGUCGAUCAAGACUUACAAAACGUCCAACUGGAAGACCUAGACAUUGUGGCAACCCUGGGAGUGGGUGGGUUCGGAAGAGUGGAACUAGUCCAAUGCCUCCACGAGAAAAGCAAAACGUACGCCCUCAAAUGUCUCAAGAAACAGCACAUUGUGGAGACGCACCAACAAGAACACGUGUAUAGUGAGAAAGAGAUCAUGAUGAGCUGCAGACACCCUUUCAUCUGCCGGUUGUACAAGACAUUCAAGGACUCCAAGUACGUGUACAUGAUGCUGGAGGCCUGCCUGGGCGGUGAGGUUUGGACAAUUCUGCGAGAUCGGGGCUGCUUUGACGAUUUAUCAGCGUGCUUCAUCACAGCCUGCGUGAUCGAGGCGUUGGACUACCUGCACUCCAAGAACAUCGUCUAUCGAGAUCUCAAGCCAGAAAACCUACUUCUAGACUCCAGAGGUUAUGUGAAACUUGUAGACUUUGGGUUUGCCAAGCGGCUGGGUCUCAACAGCAGCAAGACCUGGACGUUCUGUGGGACUCCCGAGUACGUAGCUCCUGAGAUCAUUCUCAACAAAGGUCACGAUCGCGCAGUUGACUGCUGGGCGCUCGGCAUCCUCAUGCAUGAACUGCUCACUGGCGCACCACCAUUCAGUGGAUCGGACCCGAUGAAGAUCUACAACAUGAUCUUAAAGGGUAUCGACAUGGUAGACUUCCCUCGUCACGUGACCCGCACAGCUCAAGCCCUCAUCAAGAAGUUGUGUCGGGACAUGCCCGCCGAGCGGCUGGGCUGCCAGAAGGGCGGUCUCGCCGAUAUCAAGAAAAACAGGUGGUUCCAGGGGUUUGACUGGGACGGCCUUCGACACCAGACAUUGGUGCCACCAAUAGUGCCUCAGGUUCGAAGUCCAGUAGACACGUCCAAUUUCGACCACUAUGCCAAAGAUCCGCAAGUUCCUUACGACGAAGACUCCAACUGGGAUGCAGACUUUUAGCGCUCCAUGUGCUGUCUACGGACAAUAUACACUUAAAACAGUAUUUUGAAUAUUAAUAAUUGUGACCAACACUCACUAUGAUCACGCCAUAUUUUAGAUAUUUUAUAAAGUAUGUUGAUUUUUAUACUCACAGUAGAUUCAAGAGGUUACCGAGAUUUAAGCUGUGACUAACAUAGACUAGCAUAAUAUUUUCUUAGAUUUUUCGAUAAACUUGACCAUAAAUAAAUGAUUAUACAAAUUGAAUACAUUCUGUAAAUAUCUAUCGUUUAUGUUUACACUAAUAUUAUGCAUUUGUAAAUACUGUUUUCCAUGCCCGCGCUCUUUAAAAAAUGCUAUAAAUUAAGCCAUUGUUUUUUUAUAGUGUUGGUUACAAGUUAAUAUUGAGCAUUUAUAAGUUAUGAUAACAAACAUUGAAUCGUGAUAUGACAGUUUUAGCACUGAAUAUUUAUAAUUUUGACAUAAAAAUAUUUUUAGAUCAACCUUUAUCUAUACAAUAAACUCUAUCAAGUUGAA